UCCACGCUCUGCACCACGCAUCGCAUCCGAUCCAACGCUCCAUCGCACCGCCGCUCUGCCGCUCUGCCGCACCGCCAGUCGCCUGCUCGCCGCUCGCCCUCUGCUCCCGCGCCGUCGUCACGCCUCCGCCAACCCGGUCCAUCACGGUUCCCGAGUUGCACCUCGUUCCGCCAGCUCCUUCACAGCAGCUUGCUUUCUGUGCCUCUACCUGUGUGUUUGCUCUCGCCUGCCUCUACGACAGCUAUAUUCCCGUCCAACCACCACGCCUCCCUUCGCCUUCCCCGUCGAUAUGGCCGCCCGCGCAGACAGACCCAUCUCCAACAUCGCCGUGGCCUUUGCCGGCCAUACUGCCUCUGUGGAUAUCCCCAAGGCUCGCGAUGGCGGGCUCCUCCACGCCCCCGACCUCUCCCAGCAGCACCCUACCAUGCUCCUGACGCCCCCGAACUCUAUAUCUCCUACUUUGCCGCCGCACAAGGCUCUUUCGGAACAUCCUCAUGGCUCGACGCGCGCCCCUGCCAAUCAGGCAGAUUCCGACGUCGACCUCCUGGACGCCGUGGAACAUGCCGCAGCGCAGGGCCACCCAACAGCGCUGUCCCGCGCUGCUCUCUCUGGCCUCGAAGCAGCAGGCGCCAUAACGCCUGUGAUGCUUGCGAGGCACCAUCUUCCGGACAUACUUCUAGCUCAUGGACCCAUGGCGAUCCGCCAUGUACUGAACCAUUUAGCCCAGUCUGUUCCCGGGUUCUCCAGGAUACCACCUGCGAAAGCUCGACGGCUCGUUGUUGGAGCUUUGGAGAGCCGUGGCGGCGGCGGCACCAAAGGAGAGGUUGAGUUCGAGAAGGUAGGAUGGGGCCGAUGGGAUGCACGUCUCAAAGGACACCCUCCCCGAGAAGGCAGGACAUCACAACAAGGCUCGGUCCCCAUCGCCGCGCAUAGCUUGGUGCGCACCGGAGUCUCUCCCCCAGCGAGUGUGCCCGAGUCGUACACUCUGUCUAGUGCAGGUGGCCUCCAAAUACCACAAGGCCGCCGAAAUACGCGCAACAUCUACUCCGGCAGCUGGGCAGGAGAAUCUGUGCUAAGCUCCCGCGAUGAAGAGAUGGAAGACAUGAGUAUGGCAGAGCACGAGGCAGACAAGAUGUCUCUGGAUGGAUCUGACCAUGACUCUGAAUCCGAAUCGUCUGAAAUGGCGGAAGACAUCCCAGGCCUGGAAGACGACCUGGAUGAUGUUACGGACCAAGAAGACUGGGCUGCCAUUGGUCCUGAUGCCCUCAGACAGGGCAUCGACUGUUUCGGGCGUAGAGACGCCCCUCGCAGCGUCAGUGCUGUGGUACGCUCAGCGCCAACGCGCUUGAAGCACAUAGGAUCCACGUCUGGCUCGAAAUCUGCGACCCAGCGCUCGAGGUUCUCUUCUUUGCAACUACAGAAACACCAUCAGCAUUCCCGCCCUGGGAGGCAAGCUACCCCAGAUCUUAGAUUUUCUUCUCUUUUAUCGGGAACCCGUGUUGGCAAGGGGGUUUCUUCUGCUACAGUCCCAUCGGACUCGUACGACCAAAACACUCAAGAAAGGGAGGCGAUCGAGGCAUUGCUUCGCAUGGGCUCCAUGUAACAACAUCUCCCUCCGCUUCUUAUGCGGAUGGACGUCCGUUUUUGACUUCGUUCGCGAAUCAAGUUUCCUGCUAUGGACACUGAGCAUCAUUCAUUCUUUAUGCUGAGCUUUCCAGCUGGGUUGGAAAGGGUCGAUUGGAAAAGGGAUCCCAGCUACCGAACGUCAAGCGCUGACUUCGGGGCUUUCUCGACUGGUGGAUUUUACCCCUCAAUUCCACAUUUUAGGGCCGUCUAGGCGGACAUAUUGCAUUUUCCAUUGCCCGUAAUUGCCAGUGUCUCCCAGGCCUCAUACACUGCAUGCGCUGGGCACACUAGCUAGAUAAACAUCUAUCCAGUAUGAACCUCGAGACCACACAAUCGGGUCUUAGGUGUCUCCUCACUUCAUGUACUUACGUAGAUAAACAACUUCUAAGAUCUCAGCUCCACAUGUUGAACUGGGAUCGUAAUGCUGCUCACAAAGCUUCCCCGG